AUGGAGCACGCGCGACCACCGCCCGAAUUAAAUAUGGAGGGAGGCCCUGUGAGUCGUGCCGAUGCAUGGAGGCGUUGGCGACAACAAUUCCUGCUGUUUAUCAAGGCUUCGGGUGUGGAUUCCGAGAAUUCAGCAGUACAAGCCAGUUUACUAAUAAAUUUGAUCGGUCCGGAGGGAUAUAAAUUCUUCACGAGAAAUCAGGAAGAAGGUGAAAGCAUUCAACAGUACGUGACGGCGUUACGUCUUAUUAGCAAGAAGUGUGCAUUCUUAUCGCUAGAAGAGGAUUUGAUUAAAGAUCGUAUAGUAUGUGGGGUACGCAGUGCGACUGUCAGGGAUAGGCUAUUACGACACGAAGAUUUGACCUUGGAAAAAGCUAUGAAUUUGUGCAUCGCCGAGGAAACAUCACAGGAGAGCGGUCGGCAGCUGAAUUGUUUCACUGUCAGUGGUAGUGAGUGUGUACAAGUGAAUAGUGUUGAGCAGUGCCGGGGAAGCGGCGGGCGCCGCGGGCGGCGCGCCGGCGGGCCGAGCGGCCGCGCGCCGGCGCCACGCCGCGCCGACGGUCGGUUCACGCCUGUGCACGCCGCGCCCUGCUCUGGCUGCGGUGCCAGGGUGCGCUGCCAGCAGAAGCAGUGUCCGGCUCAGAAUGCCACUUGUUUUGUAUGCGGUAAACGAGGACACUUCGCUCGAGUAUGUAAGUCUGGUUACAAUACUAAUUUCAACAGUGGCAGAGUUAGGCACGUAUACGAAAUCGGCGAAGAAGAAGCGAAUACCGAGUCAGACGAGGAAGAAUCGUUUCACAUAUCAGUAAUUACUGAUAACAAAAGUGAAUCAGGAAAGUGGUUUGAAAUUUUGACUUGUACGAACGGGGAAGAAAAUUUUAAAUUGGACACAGGGGCGGACAUAAAUGUAAUAUCAUACAGGAGAUUCAUAGAACUAGGUUAUAAUGAAUGUGAUAUUAAAAAUACUAAUAUAAAGCUAGAAGCAUACAGUGGGGAUAAAAUACCUAUUAAAGGUACAUGCAGCAUGAAGUGGGUGUAUAAAAAUACUAUAUAUAAUUUGAGAUUUGCGAUAGCAGACAAUGAUUGUCAAAGCGUGCUGGGCCGAAAAUCAUGUGAAUUAAUGAAAUUAGUAAAAAGAAUUUAUGGAAUAAAUUUAACAGAUUAUAGUGACUUAUUUCAAGGAGUAGGAUGUCUGCCCGGAAAGUAUCACAUUGUAGUCGAUAAUUCCAUACGCCCUGUCGUAUGUGCUUCCAGAAAAAUACCGUUAGGGAUACGGGAUAGAUUAUUACUAGAGUUACAAAAAAUGGAAAAAUUAGGUAUCAUUAGGAAAGUAUAUCAUCCUACCCCGUGGGUUCAUCCAUUAGUUAUAGUUGCUAAAAAAAAUAAUGGCAUUCGCAUAUGCCUAGACCCGCGCGAUCUAAACCGCGCGGUACAGCGCGCACACUUCCAGCUGCCCACAGUAACGGAGUUAGCGACACGUUUACAUGGCGCCUGUUAUUUUUCGGUACUUGAUGCCAACUCAGGCUUUUGGGCUGUGCAACUCGAUGAGGAAAGUGUAGAUCUUUGUACUUUCGCAACUCCCUUUGGCCGUUAUCAGUUCCUUCGGUUACCGUUUGGAAUUAAUUGUUCCUCAGAGGUAUUCCAUGCGAAAAUGCGUCAACUCUUAGAAGACUUGGAAGGGGUGGAUAGCUUCGUCGAUGAUAUUAUUGUUUGGGGAAAGACGAAACGAGAACAUGACGAUAGGCUGGUUGCACUAUUAAAUCGAGCACGAAAUAUAAAUUUAAAAUUUAACAAAGAUAAAUGCAAAGUGGGUGUAGAAGAAGUUGUAUAUUUAGGGCACGUAUUUGAUAAGAACGGUAUGCGACCAGACUAUAACAAAAUAAAAGCCAUAAAGGAGAUGCCAGAACCGAAUGAUAAGAAAAGUUUACAGCGAUUUUUGGGAGCGGUAAAUUAUUUGUCAAAAUUUAUACCGAAUCAUUCUGAGAGCGCGUUACCGUUAACCAAUUUAUUAAAAAAGGAAAAUGAAUGGCGUUGGGAAGAUACGGAACAAAAAUCAUUUUUUGCAUUAAAAGAAAGCGUGUGUCGCGCGCCGGUGUUGGCAUUGUACGACGUAUCGCGGCCGCUAGUGCUGUCAGUGGACGCAUCGCGCGACGCGCUCGGAGCCGUGCUGCUGCAGGCCGGCCGACCCGUCGAAUACGCUUCGCGCACACUCACCGACACCCAACGGCGUUACGCGCAAAUCGAAAAAGAGAUGCUGGCCAUAGUUUUUGCAUGCGAACGAUUCCACCAAUAUAUUUAUGGUAAGGUUAAAAUAUUGGUGGAAACGGAUCAUAAACCCUUAGAAAGUAUUUUUAAAAAACCACUGAUGUCGGUCCCAGCUCGCUUACAACGCAUGUUGUUAAGAAUACAAACUUAUGAUCUAUUAGUUAAUUAUAAGCCAGGAAAGUAUAUGUAUGUUCCUGAUGCACUGUCUCGAGCGCCGCUUCCUGAGCUAUAUAGUGUGGAAGUGGAACAGAAUGUACUGUACCAAGUUCAAAUGGUGGUGGGCAAUAUACCGAUAUCUAAUUCAAAAUUGGCAUUAAUUAAAAAGGAAACUAAACAGGACAAGAUUCUAUGUGCACUGAUCGAGUAUAUAAAAACGGGAUGGCCAGACCAUAAAUAUAACUUACCAAUAGAAUUACAAGUGUUUUGGGCAAUAAAGGACGAGUUAUAUGUCGUCGAUUCUGUAGUAUUUAAAGAUAGUAUAAUACUGAUACCUUCGAGUUUGCGAGCUGAAAUGCUGCGGCUCGUGCACGAGGGCCACCUCGGUAUAGAUCGGUGCAAGCGGCGAGCGAGACAGGUUAUGUAUUGGCCGAAUAUGUCACGCGACAUUGAGUCUCAUGGAAAGCGUUGUACCACUUGUCAGGAGAGUUUAAAUGCACAAGCAAAGGAACCUAUGAUUCCAGUAGAGAUACCCCCUUUGCCGUGGACGAAAGUAGGUACUGAUAUUUUUGAAAAUACUCCUAGAGAAGGUUUAAGCUCUCCUGCACAGAUGUUAAUGAGUCGCAGAUUAAGAUGUAAACUUCCGGCCAGCGUACAAAUAUUAAAACCAAAACUUGUAAAUGAAACAGAAUAUCAUACCUUGGUCUAUAAGCAAAAGUCCAAUAAGGGAUACUAUGAUCGGCAUUGUAAAACGCUAUGCAAGUUAGAAAAAGGUGACCAAGUAAUAUGUAAUGAUGGUAAAAAUCGUACUAGGGCCACUGUAGUAAGCACGGCUGAUACGCCUCGUUCUUAUAUUAUAGAAAAUAAAAUAGGAACCAAAUAUCGACGUAAUCGUCGUCAUUUAAUCAAAUGUGAACCACCGGAAGUAAAGUUUGAAAUAAACAAAGCUGAACCAGCCGUGGUUACUAAGGUUUUAAACCAAAAAACAUCGGAAACAAGGUCGGACGUAUGUAUCGGUGGCACGAUGGAUGCACCGUACCGCACUGCUGAGACACCGCCGGGUUCGAACCCGCAACCAAAUAGCAGUAGUGGUAGUAUGUUUCUUAAACCACCGCUUACGCGCAAACGUGCCAAAACACUCAAAUAA